AUGGGGUCAUUAGGCACCUACUUUCUGGACGUCGUCUAUUCUUUCACAAACUGCAUGGUCUGCUUCCCGAGUUCACCACACCUCAAAAUCAACAGCCGGAGUUUCAAGAUACUGCGGUUGCUGGGCGAGGGUGGCUUUUCCUACGUCUACCUCGUUCAAGACAAUUCAAAUCAACAGCUUCUCGCCCUCAAGAAGAUACGAUGUCCAUUUGGUCAGGAGAGCGUCAGUCUGGCGUUGAAAGAGGUCGAAGCAUAUGCACUCUUCUCGCCACACCCAAACAUCAUACACUCGAUCGACUACUCCGUUGAGACUGAUAAAUCCGAUGCGUCUGCGAAGACAGUAUACAUCCUACUCCCAUACUACCGCCGCGGUAACCUACAAGACAUGAUCAAUGCGAACCUAGUCAAUCACACAAAGUUCCCAGAGCGGAGACUGAUGGUGCUGUUCCUCGGCGUAUGUAAAGCGCUCAAGGCGAUGCAUCAGUACAAGGUCAAGGGCGGCCCUGGUGGCACACGGAGCCAACAGAAGGCGAAGAAGGUACGAGGAGAGGCGAAGCGAGCGGACGCAGAAGCUGCUGCAAGCAUGGAGAUGCGCCCGAGUAGGAGGAAUCGCGACCAGGAGGAUGAUGAUGAGCAAGAGGCGGAAGGUCUACUGGAAGAGUCCGAGGUCACAGCGGCGCAAGACGGCAUCGCGCCCGGUGGAGAGAGGGCUUAUGCGCACAGAGAUAUUAAGCCAGAAUCAGGCAACAUCAUGAUCGAUGACGACGGCCAGACACCCAUCCUAAUGGACCUUGGUUCGCUUGCACCUUCUCCGACGCCUAUAACUUCUCGUUCUCUCGCGCUGCAAGUCCAAGAUACAGCUGCCGAACACUCAACUAUGCCCUACCGCGCCCCAGAACUCUUCGACGUGAAAACUGGUUCUGUCAUUGAUACCAAGGUCGACAUCUGGUCUCUCGGCUGCACAUUAUAUGCUUGUCUAGUCGGCAAGAGUCCUUUUGAGGCAAGAUCGGAUGAAACAGGUGGUAGUCUGAGCAUAUGUGUGCUUGGUGGUGACUGGAGGUUCCCGGAUGAAGGUAUACAGAGGGGCAAGCAAAAGGCCAACCCCGAUGACGCCAUCACAGAAAGCGUGAAGGAGGUGGUUAGACAGUGCUUAAAAUUGGAGCCAAGUGAGCGACCGGAUGUUGAUCAGCUCAUCAGCAUUGUCGAGGGCGUGCUGAGAGAGCUUCCAGAGGAUGGUUCUGAGGAGUGAAUGCUGAGCUUCAAGUAAAGCCUCUUAACGGGUCCCGGGCUUAUCUGUACGAUCACCUUUUUUUCCUUACAAUGUGUGAGAGUUUCUGGGAAGUUGACAAUCAUUGUCCUUGAUUGGUGCGGAGCAUCAAAAUAUACCCUUUUACAUUCUGGUUACAUUCUGGCUUGGACAAAUUGCACGUUUUCAUGUUCUCAAGCUGGUUCCACGCUCCACCGCGCCUCAGUGCCUUACAUAUAUUUACGCCCUCUUCUCUAGCUGUCUCCUCAGAAUUACUUAUGUACCGUGCACAGAAAUCUUCUAGAAACGAUUAUAAAAUCCUGGGCCUUUCCG